ACUAACGCCUACGGGUCCGCACCUCACCAGGCCCUCCUGGACGCCCUCAGAGGUUCUGGCGCCGGCGAUACCUUCACCGCCCUCAUCGAGGACCUAUACCGGGACAACCGGACGGUCCUCGUCGCCGCCGAGGGGACGACCGAGCCCGUUUCCAUCGCCGCCGGUCUCCGCCAGGGUUGCCCGCUCAGCGGGCUGCUCUUCAACUUGGUGGUGGAUCCGGUCAUCCGUGGAGUUCAAGGCACCGGCGACGCGCAUAACAUCCUUGCGUACGCCGAUGACCUCACGCCGUUGGCCGACUCCCCCGCAGAGUUGCAGCGUCGCAUAGACCUCGUUGAGGCCCUCGCGACACCACUUGGCUUGGCCCUCAACCCAGCCAAGUGUUCCUCCCUGCACAUGUGCGGGCGGACCCCCGUCGGAAUGCGCCCUACCGUCUUCACGGUCUCGGGAGUCCCCAUUACGCCGCUGGAGGACAGUCAACCUCUACGCUUCCUGGGACGUCCCGUGGGAUUCCGCAUUCCAACACACUCCGGAUCCGUCAUCGACACCGCCAUCGCUCAGGCCCGCACCAUCCUCUCUUCCAUGCUGGCUCCUUGGCAGCGGUUGGACGCCGUCCGUACCUUCGUGUACCCGGCACUCAACUUUGCCAUGCGGUGCGGUGUCCUGGGCAAGACUGACUGGCGCCGGCUUGACGACGCCGUGCGCCCACUCGUCAAGCGAACCCUCUACCUGCCGGUCAACGCCUCCACCCACUACGUGUACGGGAGUGCCGCCGGCGGAGCUGCUGCUAUCCCCGUGGCCGCGGAGCUCAGCGACAUCUGUCGCGUCGACUCCGCUUUCAAGCUGCUCACCACGGCGGACCGGGAGCUGCGGACUCUGGCGCUCUCAGACGCCUACGCGGUGGCCUCGGCGCGUCUCGGCUGGGAGGCGACCCGGUCGGAGCUCGAGGCCUACCUGUCGGGCGAGAUUGACGGCGUCUUCCGCACCCCCGCUACCCAGCUCCGCUCCGUGUGGACGGAGGCCCGAAAGGCUUCGCGCCGUCUGCACGUGUCGUGGCACAUAUCCCCCGACAACACGUCCCUGACCUGCGCCGACGUGACCAUCCCGGCGACGCACCGGAACCGCGUCAUGCGGUCCAUUCGUGAGGUACUCGCGGCGGACCGCGACCGCGCCCUGCUGGCUCAGCCCAAUCAGGGAAAGGUCAUGGCCUGCGUCUCGGCGGACCGCGCCAGCUCGCACUUCAUGCGGAGUGGGGCGUACACCCACUUCGCCGACUGGCGUUUCGUGCACCGGGCGCGUCUCAACCUCCUCCCUUUGAACGGCGCAGCCAUGUGGGGCCCCCCGGAGCGUGACCAACGAUGCCGGACAUGCGGAUACCAACGGGAGACUCUGCCGCACGUGCUGGGCCACUGUAUGGCAAGGAGUGCCUUGUACACGGCCCGGCACAACGCCGUUGUCGCCCGCAUCCGCACCGCGGCGUCCCGAAACUACAGCGUCGCUUUCGAGAACCGGCCUGUCGGAGACACUGGCCUGCGGCCUGACCUUGUCCUCGUCCGCGGAGAGGAAGCCAUCGUGUUGGACGUGGCGUGUCCCUUCGAAAACACCCGCGAGGCGUUCGCGAACACGCGCAAUGACAAGGUCUCCCGCUACGAGCCAGUCGCCGCCUACCUUCGCCGACGAUACCAGCGGGUCACGGUAGCAGCCGUCAUCGUCGGUGCGCUGGGCGCCUGGGACCCGGAUAACGACCGCGUCCUGCGCCGACUUUGCUCCCGGCCCUACCUCCGGCUGUUUAAGAAGAUCUGCGUCAGCGAAGUGUUGGCGGCAUCGCGGCAGAUAUACCACGUCCACGUACGCGGCGGCCGGCAAUAGUCGUCUGCUUCAACGCGUUGUUGAAUUGCGAUGGUGUGCAUUGCGAUGGUCUGCAUUGUGCGAUGGUGUGCUAGUGCGCCUCAAUGCGAUUGUGUGCCCGAGCUGGAUGGUACGCACCAGUGCGGUGGUGUGCAUUGGGCGCAUCUGUGCUUUCUCUUCCGAUGGUGUGCGGUGCCAUCCGCCCCUCGCGUGCACCUGUGCCUGCCAGUUGCGAUGGUGUGCGCUGCAAUUCGUUCCCCCGGCGCAUCUGUGCUUGCCCGAUGGUGUGUGAUGCUCAACUGCUUUCUCCUGCCCUCACGUGCGCCCCCAGGACUUUGACGCAUGCUCUCGCAUGACUCUUUGCCGGGAUCUGCUCCCGCCGUGGUUCAAGGCCGUUUGGUACCCCCGGUUAUGUAAUUUUCCAGCCCCAUUCAUCUGCGUACCAAACAUCAAUAAAGCAAAAUGUCUGUUCUUAUCAGCUUAAUAUCUGAUACGGGUCCUAUUUGGACCCAAGAUAUUAAACUUAUUUUUGGAAUGGGGCGGAGUGCUUGAAGCUUGCUUCACCUCCGCCACGGGUUGGCCCGGUAUUGCACUAUCUCCGGGAUCGGCCCACUCACCCCCUCGGGGGUGAG